AUGAAACACUCGAUGGUUGACAUGGACUGCGAGAGCGCCGUCCGAAGCCGCCCAGGUCAUCCGAGAUAUGCUUGCAGGAUGGCACGCAGAAGACGGCAUCACACGGCAGAAAUUGUCGCGUUGACGCUAGCGGCUGCGACCCAUGCAGCCUUUACCCUUGCUGGUCGGGCCACCCCUCCCUGCAAGAGAUUCGCAACGCAAUUGCGGGCAGAGAGUAUGCCUCCUUUGCCGCCUUUGCCGCCCCUGCCAACUUCGUCGGACAUGCCGGCUGUGCCGGCUAUGCCCUUCCUGGCCGAGACGGAGGAAGACGACGCGGAGGAAGAGCAGUCCGAGGAGGACUCCUGGCCGCCACCUCCCCCAGAACCGGUGGUGCCCGCCGUGCCCAACUUCCAGCAGUACUCGCCGCCGCCGCAGCGAGAACGCGAGUUUGUGCAGACGGGCUUUUCAAGACCCUGGAGACGACCCGAGGACGCUGGCAGAGACACACCCCAGGACUUUUUCGUCCUUCCUCAGGAUGAAAGGGAGGGAGAGCCCCGGGCAUUAACCUGGGAGGAGGCGCUGGUGGACUUCCUCCCAAUCGGCGCAACAGUUCGCGGCGUCAUUCAGGAACUCAGGCCAUACGGCAGCUUCAUCAGCUUGAUUGUCAGCGGCAUGGCCGUGGGCAGAUUUGGCGAGGACUCCCGGAUCCGAGGGUUCUGUGAGGACCUGCAGAGCUCCAGUAAUCCUGCAGACCCGCAGGUGGGCGAGCACGUGGCGGUGAAGAUAAUCGAUGUGGACAUGAGUACGAAGCGAGUCUUCCUCUCCACGAGCCAGGCAGAGCCACCAUGGCCAGCAACGCAGAGAGAGCGGACUCUGCACGCGCCGGAGAAGUAUGAUGAUGAGUCCUUCUUCCCACUGCCAUAG